AUGAACAAAAAAAAAAAAUUAAAUAAUAUUAUAAAUAAAAAUUCAGAUAAUAGUAAUAAUGAUAAUGAUGAAAACAAUAAUGUAAUAUACGACCAAAAUAAUAAAUGUAUAAAUCAUAAUAAUAAAUUAAAUAUUGAAUUUAUUUUGCAAAUUUCAAUUUCGAUUAUAGUACUUUUAAUAUCUUUUAUUAGCAUUGGCGAUGGCGAAAAUAGAAACUUGAUACUAUUAUCUUUAAUAGUUAAUAUCAUCAUUCAGUUUUAUUUGCACAAUAAAAGCAAGUUUAGUAAAAUUAAUAAUAAAUCUAUUAUACAGAGACCUUUGGUAACAGAUUGGGGUUUAUCAUUAUCAGCAUCACUAUUACCAAAUGUAUUGGUUAUUUUAUUAUAUAAUAUUAAUCGCAUAGUUGGCAGUAAUAAUAAUAGCACAGAUUCAUUUAAUAUAGAUUUGGUUUUAUUUCACUUAUUAUCAGUUUCAAUAGUAUCACCACUUUAUUUAUUAAAUUAUCUAUCAUUAUCAGGGUUGUCCUCUCCCUCAAAAGAUAAAUCAUCACCACCACUUUCGUCAGCAAAUUCCUUUAAUACCCCUCCACCCACAAAUAAUAAAUUUAUAGUUUACUUCAUAUCAUUCAUCACUAGUUUGGCGGUAUUAAUAUUUUCAUCAGAAUCAGAUUUAAUAAAUAUUAGUGAUAAUAAAAUAAUCAAUAUAACAAUAGUAUCAGUUUUAUUACAGUUUGUUAAUAUAAUAUAUAUUUUAGUCUGCAAGCAGUUAUUAGAAAAAUUAACAGCUAGUUUUACAAUAGGUGAAGCAUCAGUAAUUUCACAAUUUUUGUCAAUAUUAAUAUCAGAAUCAUUUAGAUAUAUAUUUGAUUUGCUCAUAACCGAUGGCAAUAAUAAUAAUAAUUAUAAUAAUAGUUAUAAAUUUAAUAAUUUAAAUAUAUUAUAUUGUUUUUAUAGUUUAAUUUUAGGGGCAUUAUUGGUAGUAUUGAUUAGUAGUAUAUUUGGUAUUGCUAGUAAUUUAAGAAAGUUAGUUGUAUCAAAAUCAUUUUUACAAUCACCAAUAGUAGAAACAACCACUACCAUAACAUCUAAUAAUGAUAUUACUAUAAAAUCAAAUACAAAAACUAUUAUUAUAUCAAAAUUUUCAGAAAAUAAACAAAUCAUUAUAAAGAGUACCCAAUUUUAUUUAUUAGUAGUGGGUGUUAUAUUUUUAAUAAUUUAUCCAGUACUUUCGUAUCAAGUUGGUCAAAAUCCAUUUGAAUGGGUUUUUGAAUAUAUUGCAAGUAGCCAGGAAAUUAUGUGGUUAAUGAUAAUCUGGUCAAUGCUUUUAGUGUGUACAAUAGUAUUAUAUCAGCCAUCGAUUCACUCUGAAAUACCCAUGAUUAUCUCUAGAAAGUAUUUCCAUAUUUUAGCAAUAGUAAUGUUUACUCCUCCAUUGUUAUUCUUUCCAAGGUUCCAAAUGAACACUUUUAUGGUCCUUAGUUAUGCAGUUUCAAUUAGUGCUUUGGUUUUAUUAGAGUUAUUAAAGUAUUCAAUGGCACCUCCAUUGGCCGAGCCAAUCAAAAUCUAUAUGGAUAGGUUUUUAGAUAGUCGUGACUCUGGCAUUGCAACAUUAACCCAUUUAUAUUUGUUAUUGGGUUGCUCGAUACCACUAUUCUUCACUUUUUUUAUAGAUUUAUUAGGUAACGCCGCCGUUACUAGUAGUAAACCAUACCAUGUACUAUCACCAUUCUCUGGUAUUGUAACGAUUGGGGUUGGUGAUACAAUGGCAUCUUAUUUCGGUGUAAAAUAUGGCCGUACCAAAUGGUUUGGUUCAUCACACAAAUCAAUCGAGGGAACAAUAGCAGGCUCCGUUUUUACAAUUUUAGCAUCUCUCUUAUUUUACUUUUUCACAUCCUCUUCAUUCACUACAUUCACUCUUUUUAAAAUUAUUUUUGCAUCCACUCUAUGUUCAGUUAUAGAAGCCUCAACAAAUCAAAUUGAUAAUUUAAUUUUACCAAUAUUUUAUUUUAUUUUAAUUAAUUUAUAA